AUGCAUGAAAGCCAAUUUUCUUUGGUUACAGGUAAUGAUUCAGUAAAAGUUGCAUGGGAGAUACUUGAAACAACCUACGAAGGUACAAGUUCAGUUAAGAAUUCAAAACUACAACUAAUCCAGUCCGAAUUUGAGGAACUUCGAAUGAAUGAGGAUGAAACUAUUAUAAGUUUCCAUGGUCGUGUCCAAGAACUGGCCAUUCGUGCUAUAGUUCUUGGAGAACCCUUCUCCCAACCAAAGCUGGACAAGAAGAUCCUAAGGUCACUACCACCGCAAUUCAGGAUGAAGGUAACUGCUAUCCAAGAACAUGAUGGUUGGAAAAAUAAGUCACUCGCUCAAUUAAUGGGAAAUCUACAAACUUAUGAAAUGGAAAUCCUUGUUGAUCACGCCAAAAAGAAAAAAAAUGUUGCCUUUACCGCUGAAGAACAAGACGCUGCGUUUGAUCCAGAGGAACCAGCAUUCACUGCCAGAGCUGGAGAACGUCCAGAACCUGGAGAUGUGGCUGACUCAGAGGGAGACGAAUAUAGUUCAACUGAAAAUUUUGAUUUACCUGCUUUAUCUUAUGAAGUAGAAUAUAAAAAAUUGUACUCCAAAUGGGAGGAUUUACUUAAAGCUAAUCGUUCCUCGUCUAGUGAAGUGGGGAUAUUAGAAAAUGCUAGAAAAGUGUGCAAGAAUCAGGUAGCUGAUAGGGAUUUGUUUCUUAAAGCUGCUUCUGAUCGAGAAGAGAAGCUGAAGUAG